UGAUGGGGUGACAUCUGUUGCGCACAGUCUGGGUCGGCUCAGAGGGCGACGCAGGUUCCAAUCGCAUGGACAUUUUCCUGACUCAAGUGGGAUACCUUUUAUACUUUUGAUUAUUAACAUCAUAAAUAGCCGAUACGCUGUGCUACUUGGGCGUCCCGGAGGAGAAGAAGAGGACUUGUGCCCUACGCGCUACUGUUAAAUCAGAAUGGAGCGAAACGGGACAGCUGGGAAACAUGGUUUAGAGGGCGAUGCAGACUUACAGUUCAUGCUGGUGGGUGGGGAGCUGAUCAAGAUCCGCUCCAACUCCUGGAAGAAGAACCGCUUCUACAAACUGCAGGAGGACUGCAAGACCAUGUGGCACGAGUCCCACAAGGCCUUCAGGAGCAACCAGACCUUCUCCAUUGAUGACAUCGACUCAGUGCGCAAGGGCCGACAGUCCGAGGGGCUCCAUAAAUACACAGAUGCAAGUGUUGAGGACCAGUGCUUCUCCAUUAUCUUUAAGGGCCGCAAGAAGAACCUCGAUCUGAUGGCAGCAAAUAAGGACGAGGCAAAGCAGUGGGUCAGCGGCCUGGAGAAGGUCAUUAGCAACAUGCGCAACCUCAGCCGCCAACAGAAGAGUGAGCACUGGAUCUUCAGCUGCAUGAGGAAAGCAGACAAGAAUGAGGACAACAAGAUGACCCUGAAGGAGCUGAAGCACUUCCUGCGACAGAUCAACAUUGAGGUGGACGACAGCUACGCAGAGGAACUCUUCAACAAAUGUGACAAGUCCCGCUCAGGCUCUCUGGAAGGCUCAGAAAUCAAGCAUUUCUAUGACCUGCUGACAUACCGGGAGGAGAUAGAUGUGAUAUAUGAGAAGUACGCUCAAACGGCAGGUCGGAUAAGCGUUAGGGACCUGUUGAACUUCUUGCUCAAUGAGCAGCGAGAGCAGGUGGGCAUGGCGGAUGCUCUCAAGCUGAUUGAAAAGUACGAGCUGGAUGAAACAGCCAAGCAGAAGCAGCACAUGACCAAAGAUGGCUUCCUCAUGUACCUUAAUCAUGAGGAGGGCUCCAUCCUCAACCCGGCCCAUAAGAGCGUGUGUCAGGACAUGACCCAGCCCCUCAACCACUACUACAUCUCCUCCUCGCACAACACAUACCUGAUGGAAGACCAGCUCAAAGGACCCAGCAGCACUGAGGCCUACAUACGAGCCCUGAUGAAGAGCUGCCGCUGCGUCGAGCUGGACUGCUGGGACGGGGCGAAUGGAGAACCUGUUAUCUACCACGGCUACACACUCACAUCCAAAGUGCUCUUCAGAGAUGUCAUCAAGGCCAUCAAAGAAUACGCCUUCAGAACCUCUGAGUACCCAGUGAUUUUGUCCUUGGAGAAUCACUGCAGUGUGGAGCAGCAGAAGUUGAUGGCCCAUCACAUGAUCUCCAUCCUGGGCGACGCCUUGCUCACACGGCCCCUGGGCGACACCAUGCCCUCCAGCCUCCCCUCACCCGAGGAGCUAAAGGGGCGAUUCCUAAUCAAGGGGAAACGACUGAACAAAUUGGAUGCUGCCUUCAACAACAAUAACGUUAUAGAGAAUGACAGUGUGUCUGAGGAGGACGAGGCUGCGGAUUCCAAGGAGAACGGACAGAAAGCCAAGGCUAAGAAAUCGAAGAUCAAGCUUGCCCAAGAGCUCUCAGACUUGGUUAUCUACUGCAAGAGUGUGCAUUAUAAUGGCUUUGAGCACGCCAAGGACAACCAGGCCUUCUACGAGAUGUCCUCCUUUAAGGAGAGCAAGGCGGCUAACCUGGCUGAGACCUCAGCCACUGCCUACAUCCAUCACAACAUGGACAAACUCAGCAGGAUCUACCCCGCUGGCUCCAGAACCGACUCCUCCAACUACAACCCCGUGCCCAUGUGGAACGCUGGCUGCCAGAUAGUGGCACUGAACUUCCAGACGCCGUCCAAGGAGAUGGACCUGAACCAGGGGCGGUUUUUGCCCAACGGCAUGUGUGGCUACAUCCUGAAACCUGAAUUUCAGAGACACCUGGCCUCGCAGUUUGAUCCCAUCACGCUUAGCAAGGGGCCCUGGCUGAAGAGGAAGAUCUUCCAUGUCAUGGUGAUCUCGGCGCAGCAGCUACCAAAGCUGAACAAGGACAAGCAGAAAUCCAUUGUUGACCCCCUGGUUAGAGUGGAGCUCUAUGGUGUCCCUGCAGACACCACCAGCAAGCAGACACACUCCAUUGACAACAAUGGGUUCAACCCCAUGUGGAAUGAAAACUUCCAGUUUGACAUCCACGUCCCGGAGCUGGUCAUGGUGCGAUUUGUGGUGGAGGACUACGACUCAACGUCCCAGAAUGACCUCAUAGGGCAAUACUGUCUACCACUCACCAGUGUACAGAACGGUUAUCGUCACGUCCCUCUGCUCACCAAGAGAGGCGACGUCAUCUGUUCUGCCGGACUGUUUUUGCAUCUCAUGCUCCUGGACGCCCAGUAGGCCUUCACCUGCACAAGUCAUGUACAGAGAGCUGCAUGGCCAAAGACAAGUCUGCUUUGUGGGUAGCAGAAAGAAAUUUGUCCGGUUUCAAAUCGAAACCAAACAAUUGUGAUAUGCUUCUAUGUACGUUGAAGUUUUCUUCUAAAAAAAAUAUUGUGUCAUCUGACAGUCUAAACUGUUGACUCAUAGUAGCGUGUAACACUCUCCUGUCACUGUGUUUCUUUAGCUUGUUUUAAAUAAGCUUGUAGUUUGUUUGGGUGAGAGCUACAAAAAAAAAAUUAAGAUGAGUAUUAUAGAAGAGUAUUGAAUGAAGGCCAUCAGAUUGGCCAUUUUAGGGAGAAGGGGCUCGCCUUCACACAGUAUGGAAGAUUGUGCUUAUGGGCUGUCUAAUGUUUGAAAAGUGUAUGAGGUUUAGUGGCUCUUUAGGGCUCCAGAAUAUUCCAUUUCAUUUCCCCUGCAGGAUCUUAAAGGUUAUGCUCAUGGAAAUACUGUAUUGAUUUGUCAAACAAUGUAACAAGCACUAGUAUACGUUCAUUCUUUUAGUCUUUUAUAAUUUUAUCUGUUCUGACUAGAAAAAAAACAUGCUUUUUAAUUUAACCUUUCUAUAAAUUUCUCAUUUUAUUAGGAAAAAUCUUUGAUUACAUAAUGUUGUUUGUCACUGGAGUCUCGCAAAAAAAACAUCAGAGAGCAAAUGAUUGGCCCGUUGAGAGAGAACCACAUGUGGGGGCGUGUGUGUGUGUGUGUGUGUGUGUGUGUGUGUGUGUGUGUGUGUGUGUGUGUUCAGUCAUUUUCAUUGCAGUGUCCUGCAGAAAGGACUGUUCCAAUGUACAAAAUACAAUUUUUUCAAUGUGAUUUUCGUUAUUUUUUUUCUCUCAAAAACGACUUUACAUGUUAAAAGUAAUAACUUUCUUUUUGACUGUUGAUAUGAGAUGCAUAUCAGGCAACGUCUUCAAUGUUUUAUAUCCUCUAAAUAUAUUAAACACAUUAUACAUGAUUUGAUGUCAAACAUGAUUACUCUGGUAUUUUUAAUCAUAUCAUCAUUCAUGUUUUCAUCAUCAGAUGCACUACAGCCAAUUGUUGAGGUUUUGAAAAACAGAAUAUUUGUCAUUCUUUUGAUAACAUUGUCAGUCCUUUCAGUGUCUCCUGUCACUUAACUGUAUUUGCACUAGCUGUCAAAUAAAGCGACGACAAGAGUC